AUGGGUCGCUCGUCGUCCCAAUCGUCAGGCUCGGGCCUCCUUGGCUGCAUCUCGCCCCGCACUGCAACGCUCGCCAUUGCCAUCCUCGGCAUCAUCCUCCAUCUCAACACCUACUCCUGGCUCGGCGCGCUCAGCUCCACCUUGCCCGAUGUGCCGCAGCGAGGCUCUGCACCGUCGCCGCCAGCCUCGGCCGCUUUCGUCCCGUCCCCUGACAGAUUCGCCAACUCGGCGCCCAAGGACGUGCUGAGCCAGCUAGAGUCGUACGCACACGCUCCGCCCGCCGGCGAAGACGCCGCCAACAAGAACGUAUAUCUGCCAGAAUGGAUAGCCGAGGCCAAGGCGUACCUCAAAGCACAGGGCCUCUCCUACGUCCCUAAUCAAGGCCCCGCUGCUGCUCCCGACGCCGCGGCAAACAAAUCGUCCACAAGCGGCAAGUCUGCUCAGGCUAUUGCGCCUCCUCCUGGCCGCCCUUUCGAAGCUGCCGAUGCUGCAGCGGUCAACUACCAAAUCAUGGACGAGGGCGCCGAGGACGCGGAGCGCAUACAGUGGGAUGCGCUGCGCCUCGUCAUCGGUACGUUGCGCUGGUACAUCCUGUUGAGCGUGGUGUGCUGCUGUGCAGGCGUCGUCGGCGUGCUACGCUCCCAGCUCCUGCUCUCUCGCCUCUUUGUGCUGCAUUCGUUCCUCGACUUUCUGCUCUCUACACUCUCGCUGUUCGCGCUCGCGCUCGUGUGCACCUACCCGUCGGUGCGCGCGCAUCUCUGCGACGAGUUCGGCUCCGGCGAGCUUCAGGCGUGGUUCUCGCCCUCCAAGACCGCCAAGGGCUCCGCCGUGGGUAGUACGGGCGCUCAGGUCAUCCCGAGCAACGCUGGCGUAGGCAGCAAUGGCGCGGGUGUUGGCGGCGGUGCGGGGCCGGAUGGGAUCGUCGACUCGUCCGGAUGGGAGACGCUGCUGGACGGCGUCUUUGCCUCGGAAAACUGCGAGGAGAGCUUCCGCACAACGCUCGUCCCACUGCUGCUCGUCUUUGGCCUGCUCUUCACCGCGGUGCGUCUGCAGUGCUUCUUCCUCGUACAGCGCUUCUACGCCUCGCUCCUCCGCACCAAAGUGCACCACUACGGAUACGCCACCUCCUCGGCAUCGCUCGAGUCCGGCACAUCAACGCCCAUGUCGCAGCUGCCACCCCCCGAGCAGCCCAGAGAGCGCAGAUGGAAGGACUCGAAGCUGCUCGAUUGA